GCUCUGUCCUACAAACUAAAAGGAGUACGAGAUUUCCUUCUUGAGCUCUCGUAUGUAAUAAAAGACAUUUGGGAUUUCUUUUGAUGCUCAUGGGUAAAACAAGUAAAAGGGUCAUACUAGGAGUUUGGCUCUAAGUGAUUAAGAUCUAGCAAUCUUUGGGCAUUAUUUGAAGUGUUUGUGGAUCAAUUGUAGAGAGUUUGGAGCCAAAAGAGAAGUGUUCCUGAUUAUGGCUUAGCAACCUAGAUAACCAAGCAAAAAGAAAGACAGGGGAAUCUACCGAAGUAUAUAGUGUUUGAUGAUUGCAUACUUAUAUUAAGAUAGUGUGUGAAGAAAAUGCAUUUUGGGCAUGAUCAAAAGAGAAUGAAUGUACAAGAUGAUAGACUAAGCAAUUUACCAGACGAUCUUAUCCAUAAAAUCCUCUCUUAUAUUAGUACCAAAGAAUCGAUUGGAACCAGUUUUUUGGCAUCGAGAUGGAGGUUCAUGUGGACUUCAUUGCCGUAUCUCAGCUUCUCAAGUAUGGAGUUCUCUGAUUUGCAAAAGUUCUCCAAAUUUGUAACACGUGUUCUCUCUCGCCGCAAUGAUAAAACAAAAGUGUCUUCUGUCAAACUAUGUUUUUGUGGAAAGGUUACUCAGGCGUUUGUCAAAAGACUUAUGAAGUAUGCAUUUUCCCACAAUGUACAACAAAUGACCGUCGAAUUCCUUGACAAGAAGACCAAAUUCCCACUUUCCGCUUUUAAUUCUCAGUCUCUAGAAUAUCUCUCUUUGAUUGGACUUGGUGGUUGUUGUCAAACCAUAACGGCUAUACCGACUUGGGAGCUUCCGGCUUUAACAACAUUGCAUCUUGAUCGUGUCUCAUUUUCUGCUAACCAUGUUGGUCUUUUCUACAACUUGGUAAACUUGAAGAAUCUCACCUUAAAGCACUACAAAAUGAUGGGGUCUCUUAUCAGUCAUCCUAAACUUUGUUCUCUCACGCUUGAAUAUGGAAAAGAGGUUGUGACUGUGGUUGCACCUCAGCUAAAGAAUCUCUCUUUAACUCUCUUGAAGAAAUUUCCGAAUUUUCUAAAUGGUUUGCCUACUUUGGAAAAGGUGGAUCUCUGUAUUAAUUGCCCUCGCACAGCAGAUUCUAAAAAAUAUGUUCGUCUGCUUCAACAGGUCAACGGUGUCAAAUUUCUUACCCUUAAUCUGGAAGUUAUAGAGGUUCUUUCUUCAUCAGUGAAACUAUUCUUAAAUCAGCCCUUUACAUUCGCUAACUUGAAAACAUUAAAGAUUUAUCCGUUACACAUAAACUUGGACCGGCAAGCACAAAUGAAAGAAAUUGUGUCUGCUCUUGUCAAAAACUACUUCCUCGAUAGUUCUCCAAGCGCCACAGUGACAAUGGCUUCACGUAAGAUUAGACCUGCAAGGAACACUGCAGUGGCACAAAAACAUAUGUCAGAAGUACAAGUGAUGCUAGAUGAGCUGAAAGAUCAACUGAAUAAAGGGAAAAUACCAACGGGGGCCAAUAAGGCAAAGAUGAAUGAUCGAGUCAAUUCAAACGUUGAAAACCAAUCAGGGACAAAAAGGUCGCUUCACAUUGGGGAAAGGAUGAAGCAGAUCCAGAACUCUUGGGAAGAUUUGAGUUUGCAGAUGAACAUUGAGAAAUCGAAUGCUUCUCGCCUCUUUUCAGAAUUGAGUCAUAUAGAACAACUAUUUACAGAUCUACCGGCAUCAAAGAGGGCCGAGUUGCAGCCAUGUUUUGCUAGUCUGUGUGAAGAAGCUGACACUGUCAUGAAUAAAGCUAUAGAUCGUAUGAAGAUCCAAUGUGAGCUGAAGCGAAGGCGUUUAAUUGGCUACUUUCAUGACCUUACGAAGGCAUCACAUUCAUCCUAGCAAAUCGUUCGCCCGAACAUCCUUUGUUAAUAUUUACUCCAGUUUUAUAGUCCCCAACCUGCUCAUGCUUAUUGAAAUGGUAAUUUUCUUUAUUGUUUUUCUAAACUAAAUACGCGUAAGACAUUUAUAUUGUAAUUAAGAGAAAUGUGAAAAUAUAAUACGAGACCAAUUGCAAUAGAAUUGGGAAAAUUUCCUUAUUAUCACCUUUGAAUCUGGAUUUUUCUACGUACUAUUGGGACACAAUCCUCUUACCAACAGUUGGAUUGCACAAUUAUUGGAUGAACUUUUCUUUGAUGUCUAUGAAACUUUAAACUAGAUUUUGUUUGUUUGUUA